UUUCAGAUUUUCUGAUGAACUAACAAAUUGUUUAUUUUUCUUUUAGGCUGAAGAGCUCGGCCGCAAGCCUACCGCAACGGAGCUGUAUACUCGGAUGCACUCCACGAAAGCUGAUAAGGGUGUCAUGGUAGACAAGAGGGCCCAGGACAUGAGUGAUGCAAUUGCUCAGAGACUUGCUGCUGCAUCGCAGCCGCCGACCGGAGAUGGUGGUUCUUCUAGCACAGCGGAAGUCGACGAGACCCAGCUAUUUCUGGAUAUCGAGGGCGUCAACAAAAAGCGACGUGUCUACGGGUUGGGUUCAGCGACUAGUGCGUACGUGGAUACGACGACGUCUAGUAGGGCGAGGACCAGGUCCACGCAGUCACAUCGAACUGAGGAGGAGAUCGAGCGGCGUGUGCAGGCAGGGAUCCAGGAUGGACUGCGCCAGAUUACCACUGAGCCAAAUAAACCGCUUGAUCCUUUAGAUCUUAGAAAAACCAUCAACUACAAUAAAAUAUUGAAGAAAAACUUCAAUAUUUUUUGGUUUAUGGAUCACAAACAAAACAGAAUUUUUGAGGAAUCGGAAAAAUUUAGCUUGACACUGUCAAGUUAUCACAGAUGCAUAGAGAUAAGGAGAAUCGUUCUUCUGUUAGUUUGCUUGUUGAAAAGUGCAAAAAUUAAUCUUUUUAUGGACUACACUAAUAGUUCUCAGCGAAUAUGGUGA